GUGCUUCCCAGUCUGGUCCCUUGCAGGCCUGGCGCCCUUACACCUUGGCUGUGCUGGCUCGUCACUCAUCCAUCUGGUCUCUGUCCACCCCCCUCGACUGACCAUCUCCCCCUUCAUCUUUCUGUCACUGAAGGGAAAAAUGAGCUUCCUCCCAUUCUCUGUUCUCAGCGCGCCGCCCCAUCCCUUAGCCGGGGAUAACAGGAUGGAGUCUUCAGAGUUGACUCCCGAGCAGGAAAUUUCCAGAGGAUUGAGGUCAUCUGAAAGGACACAAGGGGGACUCUCUGGGGUGGCCCCUGGGGGACCAGAGGCUGGAGAUGCCUGUGAAGAUACUUUUGAGGAGCUAGACGGGCAAACCUCAGAUAAAGAUGGGAGCAGACUGGAAAGUGAUUUCUUAGAAAGGACCAAUGAGGAUAAGAAAAAAUCCACCAACGACAGAUGUGAGGGACCUGAGGAGGCAGAGGAGCAUCUAAAUCUGUCCUCCAGUCCUGAUGAACAUCAAGGAGUCCUGAAGGGACAGAAGAUCUAUGAGUGUGAUGAAUGUGGCAAGGUUUUUCAUCGGAGUUCCCACCUCAUUGGCCACCAGAGAAUCCACACUGGAGAGAAGCCUUUUGAGUGUAACGAGUGUGGUAAGUCCUUCCGGCAGACCUCUCAGCUAAUCGUUCAUCGCAGAACCCACACUGGGGAGAAACCCUAUGCAUGUAGCAUGUGCGGGAAGACCUAUCGGCACAGCUCUCACCUCAUUCAACACCAGCUUCUCCAUAAUGGGGAGAAACCAUAUAAAUGUAGGGAAUGUGCAAAAGCGUUCACUCAGAGUUCCCAACUUACCGACCACCAGAGAACCCAUGCUGGGGAGAGAUCGUAUGAGUGCAAGGAGUGUGGAGAGGCAUUCAUUCGGAGUAAAAGUCUUGUCCGACAUCAGGUCCUCCACACUGGUGAGAAGCCUUACAAGUGCAGUGAGUGUGGGAAAGCUUUCUGCUCCAAUAGAAACCGUGCUGACCAUCAGAGAAUGCACACCGGGGAGAAGCCUUAUGAGUGUCAUGAAUGUGGCAAGGCCUUCAGUCGGAGUAAGUGUCUGAUACGACAUCAGAGCCUCCAUACGGGGGAAAAACCAUACAAGUGUAGUGAGUGUGGGAAGGCUUUCAAUCAGAACUCUCAGCUUGUUGACCAUGAGCGAAUUCAUACUGGAGAGAAACCGUUUGAAUGUAGUGAGUGCGGUAAGGCGUUCAGCCUGAGCAAAUGUCUUAUUCGGCACCAGAGGCUUCACACAGGUGAGAAGCCCUAUAAAUGCAAUGAGUGUGGAAAAUCCUUCAAUCAGAACUCACACCUCAUUAUACACCAGAGAAUCCACACUGGCGAGAAACCCUAUGAGUGUAACGAGUGUGGGAAGGUCUUCAGUUACAGCUCCAGCCUCAUGGUACACCAGAGAACCCAUACUGGAGAAAAACCCUAUAAAUGCAACGAUUGUGGGAAAGCCUUCAGUGACAGCUCACAGCUUAUUGUGCACCAGAGAGUUCACACCGGAGAGAAACCCUAUGAAUGUCAUCAGUGUGGGAAAGCCUUUAGUCAGCGCUCCACUUUUAAUCACCACCAGAGAACUCACGCUGCAGAGAGGCCCUCAAGUCUGGUUCAGUCUGUUUUUUAA